AUGGACGGUCUGGACGACUUUGAAAAGUCCCUUGCAGCCGGCAAGGCGGAGCGCGAACAGGAGGAACGCGAGCGCGAUGAGCGACGCCAUCGCAAACACAGGCAUCGCCAUCGCCACGACUCGGAGCGGGAUGGCGAGCGGGACAAGGACAAGGAUGGGGACAGGCAUAGGCAUCGCCGCCAUCGGGAUGACGACGAUGAUGGGCACAGACACAAGCGCUCGCGGCACGGUCGCGACGACAAAGACGAAGAGCGUCGGUCACGGCAUCGUCAUGGCGAGGAGCGACACCACAAGACAUCGGAGCCCGAGCCGAAAGAAGACGAAAAGACGCCAAGCGACAAUACAGAAGAAUCCUCCAAACCCCUUGUCAGAGACUCUUGGAUGACGGCACCUUCGUCAAUCGAAAUCGACUACGUCCACCGCCCCGACAAAACCCCCAAGCCGCCCUCGCCUAAGCCAGAACCCAGGCGAGUUCUGCACCACCGCGAGCUCAACCGCAAUAUCGACGACGUCAAAUUGGGCAAGACGGCCGAUGACGAGGACGACACGCCCACCGAGCGCACCUUUGACUACACAUUCGGCGACAUGGGCUCCGCCUGGCGCAUGACCAAGUUGCGGACCGUCUACAGCCAGGCGGACGAGAAGAACUGCCCCGUUGAGGAGGUAGCCGUGGAACGCUUCGGCAGCCUGCAGGAAUUCGACGACGCGCGCGAAGAGCAGCAGGAGAUGGAGCGGAGGAAGCUAUACGGGAAGGGCUUCAAGGGCCAGGAGCAGCCGACGGGAGAGCUGUACCGACAGCGGCUGGAGAAGCAGCGCGACGAACCCCCUCGCAAGCCAGAGCAGACGACAGCUCCCCAAGUUGUCGUUCCCGCUACGCCGGCCAUUGACCAAACGGCCCUCAACCGGCUCCGCGCGGGGAUGAUGAAGGCCAAGCUCCGCCGCGCCCCCAACGCCGCGCAGCUCGAGGACGAGUACAACCGCGCGGCCGCGACCUUUGCCCAGCGCGGCCCCACCGCCGGCCCCGACGCCGUCGUGCUCGGCGUCAUGGACAACCGGCAGCUCGCCGGAACCCGCGCCGAGGCCAAGGCCGUCGACACCAAGCGCGGGCGCGAGCGCGGCACCGUCGAGGAGAACGCCGACAUGUCCAUCGACGACAUGGUGCGCGAGGAGCGCCGCACGCGGAUGCAGGCCGGCGGCGAGGGCCUGCGGCUCGCGGAGCGCAUCGCCAAGGACGCCAAGUUCGACAACGGCCUCGAGUACAUGGACGACAACGCCGAGAAGCUCGCGCGCCGCGUGCACAAAAGCGAGGUCAACCUCAAGAACAUGGCCGUGGGCGAGUUCCAGAAGAUGAACCGCGUCCUCGAGUCGUGCCCGCUGUGCCACAAGGAGGACACCUCACAGCCGCCCGUCGCGCCCGUCGUCUCGCUCGGCACGCGCGUCUUCCUCACGCUGGCCACCGAGCCCGAGAUCAGUCCCGGCGGCGCCGUCAUCGCGCCCAUCACGCACCGGCGCAACCUGCUCGAGUGCGACGACGACGAGUGGGAGGAGCUGCGCAACUUCAUGAAGAGCCUCACGCGCAUGUACCACGACCAGGGCCGCGAGGUUGUCUUCUACGAAAACGCCGCCGCGCCGCACCGCCACCCGCACGCCGCCAUGGUCGCCGUGCCCAUCCCCUACGCCGAGGGCGCCACCGCGCCGGCCUACUUCAAGGAGGCCUUCCUGGCCGCCGACGAGGAGUGGUCGCAGCACCCCAAGGUCGUCGACACGGCGAAGCGCGCGCGCGAGGGCAUGGGCCGCGCCGCGUUCCGCCGCAGCAUCGCCAAGGAGGCGCCGUACUUCCACGUGUGGUUCUCGCUGGACGGCGGCCUGGGCCACAUCGUCGAGGACUCGUCGCGCUGGCCGAGGGGGGAUUUGUUCGCGCGCGAGGUGCUGGCGGGUAUCGUCGAUGCCGAGCCGCACGUCGCCAAGAAGCAGGGGCGGUGGACGAGGGGCGAUCAGCGGGUUGAUGGGUUUAAGAAGGGGUGGAGGAAGUUUGACUGGACGCGGAUGUUGGCUGAGGACUGA